AUUUUCAUAAAAUUUAAGUGCAUAUAGAUACGUUUGAUCUUAAACUAUUAUUGGACUCUAAAUUUUAUUGUUAAAGAGCGUCCUUUUCUUCCUCUCAUGCUCGUCUCAAAACCUAGAAGAGCAUCAUCACAGCCUAUCUUUCCUGGAAAUGGCUAAGGAAUUGUCUGGAUGCUGCUGCAAAACACAUUCCACACGCAUUUUGGUGGCCCAUUUGGUGAUUUGGGGAAUGCACACACGAGGAUUGCCACCAAUUGAGUAACCCAACCUUGAGGAUGCUCUCGGGUCUUGGCAUUCGCAUUCGCCAUGGUCCUAUUUAUUCAGGUUUUACUCAAAUAAGGAAAAAGCAAUCCUUUAGCAUAGGGAACUGUAAGGAUACGGAGACAAAAUAUGAUGGUAGACUGCAACAUGUAUUUGGAAAGGUUUCUGUAAUGCAAAGAAUAACUUCUUAUUCUAGGGGCUUGGGAAUUGCAAGUAUAAGAGCUGCUGCAGCUGAAAGGAAUAUAAGAACUGUUCCUUCAGAUGAUGCAUAUGAUUCAGAGCCUCUUUGGUUAUCAUUAAUCAGGGAAACUUUCAGUGGUCUAAAAUCACUGCUUAUGUUUCUAUUGGAGCAACCAGGUCAGCUGAAGUAUAUUGAGUGGCCAUCUUUUAAGAGCACGCUGAAGACUGCAACUCUUACUCUUGUUCUGGUAGCUGUGCUCGUCGUUAUUCUCUCUUCAGUUGACUCUGUCCUCUGGUUUUUGCUGGCUUUGGUGCUCCGAAAAUCUCCAUAAUCUUUGCACUACCCAUGACAAAAAUGAAAAUGCCUGGCCCCAUUUACUCGGUGGAUUUUCCUUCCUAGCAUAUUGUAUGGCUUGUACUAAUACAUUGGAAAGCAGAUUGCUGUAAGAAAAGAAAUCUUUGAUGUUCCAAUAUUUUAUCUUUAUAGAGAUAUGUAAUGAGCAGCAUAUGUGCUUCAAGCCCAAGGAUUGUACAGUUCUAUGGUACUUAGUUUUGCAUUUCUUA